AUGUCUGUUGCAGCACCACUUUCGUCCAUGGUCAAUUCGACCAAUCAACCUCACCUGCACUGUUGUGCCACUUGCAAAUCUGCCGUCUCUGACGACCCUUUCGGCCAUCUCGUACGUGACAUCCGCCAGUACCUGGGUCCAUCUUCUGGCAUCGACUCAGCCCAUGUCGACCCUGAUCAAAUCAAAGCCAUCAUGGCCAAGUACACAUCCAACCCGAGGCACUGGGAGCGUUACGCUCGUGCAGACAAGAGCAGGGGAUAUACGAGAAACAUUGUCGACAAUGUUAAUGGCAAGGCAAACUUGAUCCUCAUCGUCUGGAACCCCGGCAAAGGCAGCUUGAUUCACGAUCAUGCCGAUGCUCAUUGCAUCAUGAAGAUCCUCAAGGGCAACCUGACAGAGACCAUUUAUCACAAGCCAGAGAGUGGCGACACCUCCGUCCAUCCUCUAGAGGUCAAGAAAGAGACUGUGUACCACCCUGACGAAGUCACCUACAUUUCCGACCAGAUUGGCCUUCAUCGCGUCUCGAACCCUGACCCUGUUGAGCCUGCCAUGUCGCUACANCUGUGGGUCACUUUCGAUCGCAAACACGUCUUUCAACCUCCCGCUGACCUUCGAGUAGUGUAUACACCCCCUAACGCUGCCGAGUUCGGCUUCCACGUCUACGACGAGCGAACAAGCAAGAGCUCCUUCGUGCCACCCCAGUACUGA